AUGAUCUCUCGAUACACAUACAGAACAUACAGAGGUCUCUCAGGGGUUGGUCGACCAGGUUGUUGUUUAUCACGCCAUCUGGUUCUACGAGGCAGACGUACCGCUACAACAACUAGUGUGCCAGCAACAUUCGACGAAGAGACGGAUGUUUUGGUGAUAGGAAGCGGCGCUGGAGGGUUAACUGCUGCUCUGCGAGCACAGUCUCACGGACUUCGGGCCCUGGUGGUCGAGAAAGAUGAGGCCAUAGGAGGGACAUCCGCCUACUCCGGUGGUGCCAUGUGGAUUCCAAAUACCCAUCUAUCUCAAGCCGCCGGCGUAAAGGAUAGCAAGGAAGAUGCCCUGAAAUACCUCGAAGCAACUAUUGGAGACGUUGGCCCUGUGUCGUCUAGAGAGCGAAAAGUUGCAUUUCUUGACAACGGGCCUCGAUUGGUGGAGUUCCUGGAGAAGGCCGGGUUCCAAUGGCGUCUGGGAAAAGGAGGAUGUCCUGAUUACUUCCCGGACAUCCCAGGCGGUUCAAUGUUUGGACGGACCUUGGAGCCAAAGAUUUUCAAUAUGAAGAAGCUGGGUUCCUGGAGGAGUCUGGUUCGAAAACGCCCUGGACCCCCUAUUGCUGCAUACGUGACGGAGAGCAACUGCGCCCUCAGAUCGGGGGCUUCAUGGAGUGAUUUUAAUGCCCUGCUUAAGAUUCUUCUGCGCCAGGCCCUGCUCACCCUUCUUGGACAGGCUCCCUCAGCGAUGGGCCAGGCACUGGUGUCCCAGCUGCUCUACCUCCACAAGCAAGCUGGCACCUCGAUACAACGCAAAACUGCCCUGGUUGACUUGAUCAUGGACGGGUCCACGGUUGUUGGGGCCACGGUCAAACUAGAAGGUGGCCAGAAAACCAUCCGUGCCUCUCGUGGAGUCCUUCUCGCCGCAGGAGGCUUUGCUCACAAUAAGAAGCUCAGGGAGAAAUGGGGUCCUUCACCGGCCAGCGUUGAAUGGACGAGUGCUCCCCCAGGGGAUACAGGAGACGCAAUUACUGCGGCCAUGAAGGUCGGUGCUGGCACUGCUCUGCUGGACGAUGCCUGGUGGGGGCCAACCGUCGUCUGUCCGGUGAAUGGGAUGAACGUCUUCGCCCUGACCGAACGAGCCCGGCCGUUCAGUAUCAUUGUCGAUUCAUCCGGGUCUAGAUUUAUGAACGAAGCUGAACCGUAUACAGAUGCCGGCCACCAUCAGUACGAACGGCACCAGAGCGUAAACGCUAUCCCAGCAUGGCUGAUCGUUGACCACUCGUUCCGCAAGCGAUAUAACAUCGGUGGCCUGCUCCCUUUACAGCCUGAUCCAAAGAACGGUCUCGAAUCCGGACACUUGUUCAAAGCCGAUACCAUCCAAGAUCUAGCGCGGCAGAUUGACGUUGAUGCUGCCGGACUUGAGAAGACACUGUCUCGCUUUAAUAAGAUGGCGAGAGCAGGAGUCGAUGAAGAUUUUCACCGGGGCGUUUCUGCGUUCGACAGGUAUUUUGGAGAUCCCAAGAUCGGACCCAAUCCUAGUUUGGGGCCGAUUGAGAAGCCGCCGUUCUAUGCAGCCCGGAUUUACCCAGGCGAUUUGGGCACCAAGGGAGGACUGCUCACAGAUGAGUUUGCGAGGGUGCUUAGAGACAGUGACGGGAAGCCCAUUGAACGGCUCUACGCUGCGGGCAACACCAGCGCGAGCGUCAUGGGCAGAACGUAUUCUGGCGCUGGCGCUACUAUUGCGCCUGCCAUGACGUUUUCCUUCAUCGCCGUCGACCAUAUGGCGAGUCGUACGUGA